CUUUUACAACAACGUCGAAGAGAACAGUACGGCGGUGUUCCUAUGCCAAUCGAUCCGGCUCUUCGGCGACUACUGGUUCCGAUUCUUGGCCCAGAGUGUGGGCUUAGCUGCCCUGUUGCUCAUUCUUCUGCUGACACCGAAUUCGGACCUCUCGAUUCACCGUUACGUUCUGGCCAUUUUCGGAUACAUAAGCUUCGUCCAUGGACUGAGCAAAUGUUUGAAUAGCAUCCUGACAAUCGAAACCUCCAACAGUAAACUUAACUCUCUUAGGAACCAGAUUGCAGACUUGGAAGUAAUCGAAGAACCACAAACAGUGUCCGGUCUCACGAAUUCCAACAUCGGUAUCUCGAUAUCAUUCCGGGACGUUGUCUUCCAGUUGGCACACCGGAAGCUACUCAACAUAUCCAAAAUGGAGAUCAGAGCAGGAGAAACGGUUGCAAUCACUGGUCAGGGAAGUACACUGCUGGUUCCCCUGUUGCAUCGUAUCAUAAGCCCUAGCCGGGGUUCGAUAAGACUCAACCAACUCAACCUGUCGCAAAUCGAUUGCGCACAAAUAAAGAAGCAAAUCUAUGUGGUCCCCGGUAAUCCGCAGGCUGCCGGCUUAACUGUGGAACAAUUUCUCAACCCGGACGCCGGCUAUCGAGUAGAGCAGAUCAACGAUGCCCUAAAGGAGGUUAAGCUGUUCGAAGCCGUUACCAAACUUCCGAAUAAAAUGGACAGUUUCGUGGAUCGGUUGCCCAGGCCGGACCGACAGCUACUCGCCCUGGCUCGCUGCUUUCUGGCAAACCCGUCGGUCAUAGUAAUUGAACAUCCAGCCCCGGCCAUCAUGGAUACGGUGAACUGGGCUAUUAGGAAGAAGUUUGCCGAACAAACGGUGCUGGUGAUCUGCACCCACCAGUGUCAGUACGAGAAAUCCUGUGAACGGCAGAUCAAUCUGAGUGAGCUCCGUGCUGGUGGCAGAUGAAGGAAUGCAGGGAUUACGUUCGGAAGACUGUGAACCAGAAAGAGAAAGACUAGGCUUUUACUCUAAAGUCGAAUAAUUUAUUUGUAUUCAAGGAAAAGAACCACAAAUCGUUUUACAAAUAAAUAAAAACAGUGAAAUAUAUAUAUGCGAUCAUGUAUAUCACGAAUAUUGUAUUAUUAGUUUUUUUUUUGUUUCAAUGAUUUAAAUCCGCAGUUUCUUUUUUUUUCUUUGUUUUUUUGUUCGAGUAAACGUUACGCGGAGCUAAUCUGAGUGUUUCUGAAUUUUGUAAUUUUUUUGUCUUUUUUUCUUGUAUUUUUGACUCGGAAAAUAUUACUAUUAAGCAGCAAAAAUGUAUAUAUGUAAGUUGUAUAUAUAAUAUGUGUUUGUAUAUAAUAGCAUACUUUUUUCUCAAUGCAUUUCAAUAUAUUUGAGUACGCCUCUAAUACAAAGUCCUGCAGAAAUUUGACUUGCAUUUUAUAUUAAAUAUAUAAAUAGUGUCAUCAACUAAGAAAUACCCUGAUGAUAUAAGAAAGGACUACCGAUCAUAUUGGUUUUUUCUUUAAUACAAUGUUAUUUUCCUUUGUGUAUGUGUGAUUCGCCUUUUUUUUGGUUACAUUCUGAUUCCUCUAGUUGUAAUUACUAGCUUGGGUUUGUUUUUUUUUUCCUUUUUUGGUUUUAUCCUAUUUUAGUUUUGUCUUGAUUGGCUUGGUAAAAGCAGCCCGAUUGGCCUGCGUGUCGUGAAAAAAUUUGAGUUGCUUGAAUGUAAACAAGGUAAUUUCGCGAAUAACGGAUCAUUCUAUCGUUCCCGAUCUCGCGGGAUCUCGUCUGACGGUUUUUGUAUGGCUGGUAACUUAAGAAAGUACGAACAGGAGUAAAAAUAAAUAGUUUUGAAUAGUUUUUCGUUUGCUGUUCAAGCUCUUGCUUUUGUGUAAUAAUUUCGAUUGGAAGUUUAAAACUUCACAGCAGCAUCCCUUUCAGAAUCAUAUUUAUGGGAUAUCGACGUUAUUUCCAAAACUGUUUCAACCGAAAUCCCGUUCAAACGAGUUCCCAUUUAGCGUUUUCAAACAACACGAGUUUUCAUGAAAUUGUUUUCUCCACCAAACACCACAUUACAAUAUUUGUUUUCUCCACUUGAAAGGAUGCAGCCAAAAGGUGUGAAAACAAUUCGAUCAAACUGAACUUCCAAUCGUGCACGCUGCUAUCCUCAGAUCGAGAUUUUCUGAUCCAUUCCAGUUCGUUAUUAUUUUGUAACAGUUCAAGUCAGUUGAACUUUUUUGUUUGUUGUUGUUUCUUCAUUUCUGAGGUGUUCCACCUAUGGUUUUCUUUCCUAAACUGCUAUUACGUGAACCGUUCUAAAAUGUGAGCCCAAAAAUAUAACAGAAUAAGUGUAAUAAUCCAUAAUAAUUUAUCUAUAUAUACCUUUAUAAUGUAAAUUUAAAACUCUUGCCUUUUCGAUUAUUUAUUUGUUUUUUUUUUGUUGGUUUAUAAUUGUUUCAAAAAAUAGUCAUUUGUUAAUGUUUGUUUGUUUUUCGUAAUUCCUUCUAAAAGUUGUAAUGUUUUUUUUUUGGUUGUAAAUAUUGUGCAAAAAAUUAA